GCGAGCAAUGACAGAUUGGAUGAGAGCUGGAGAGAGGGCAAUCGUCGUCAUCCCCUGUCUCCGUGAUUUUCUCUUUCUAAUUUCUGACCUUCAAUUCCCCACCUCUGUUUUUGUCUGCAAUAGACUGGAAAACAAAUCAUCAUCGAUCCCCGUUCUCUUUGCCUUUCUCUGGAUCAUCGUCUUCUUCCUUCCCGAAUCUUCGCCCGCCUUGUUUCCACUUCUGUGAUUCCCUCACUAACUUCAUCAAAUGGAGGAACAGAAAUCUGCUGAAGCAGUGUCUCCUCCAGAAGAUGUUUCUCAUGAAGCUGCUACUACUGUAAACUCAGUUAUUGUUGGUGGUGAUGUUGGAACAGUAAAGCCCGAGUUGCAGGAAUUAGCAGCUAAAGACUCUAAAACUCCCUCUACUUCACUUCCUCAUAAUGAUGAAAACCUCAAUGUGGAAGGUCCUGAAGGUGUUCAUCAAUGUCAAAUUGACGGGUCUACUGGUAAUGGAAAAGUGAAACAGGAUGACAAUUCUCUAAUUCAUGCAGAAACCACCCGGGAUGAUGCUGAUGCUAUAACAGUUGAAGAAGCUAGAAGUAGACAAACACAUGAUUCUCCUGGGCAAAAGCCCUCAGAACUUACGAGUUCUGUCAUUGUUUCUCCGUCUGGUGAGAUUGAUCUGCCUCGUGUAAAGGUUACUGGUGUUGCUGCUGGCACAGCAAGAAAUGGAGGGUCACCAAGAGCAUUUUUGUCUCCAAGAAGCAAUGGAUCUCCCAGAGCUACUGUGUCUCCGAGAUCCUCGGGAUCACCAGCAAGUGCCAGGAUGCCAAAAAAUCUCGACUUUAGAGGUUUAAUCGAUACGGCUGCUCCCUUUGAAUCUGUCAAAGAAGCUGUCUCAAAAUUUGGGGGAAUUACUGACUGGAAAGCCCACAGAAUGCAAGCAGUAGAGAAACGCAAGCUUGUUGAACAAGAGCUCGAGAAGAUUCAAGAGGAGAUUCCAGAGUACAAAAAACAGUCCGAAGCCGCUGAGCUGGGAAAGCAGCAAGUUCUUAAGGAACUGGAAAACACAAAGAGGUUGGUAGAGGAGUUGAAGCUCAAUCUGGAGAGGGCACAAACAGAAGAACAACAAGCAAAGCAGGACUCAGAACUGGCUAAGCUGAGGGUUGAAGAGAUGGAACAAGGAAUAGCUGAUGAGGCUAGUGUUGCAGCUAAAGCACAGCUUGAAGUGGCCAAAGCCAGGCAUACAGCCGCAAUUUCAGAACUGCAAUCUGUUAAGGAGGAGUUAGAGACACUGCACAAGGAAUACGAUGAUCUGGUGAAAGAGAAAGAUGAGGCUGUGAAGAAAGCCGAAGAAGCAGUGUCGAAGCUAAAGGAAGUUGAGAAGACGGUAGAAGGACUCACUAUAGAGCUGAUAGCUACAAAGGAGUCUCUCGAAUCUGCACAUGCUGCUCAUUUGGAGGCGGAAGAACAAAGAAUUGGAGCUGCCAUGGCCCGAGACCAGGAUACUCACCGCUGGGAGAAGGAACUAAAGCAGGCAGAAGAGGAAAUCCAAAAACUUAGCCAGCAGAUACUUUCGGCCAAGGAUCUCGAAUCAAAACUCGACACUGCUUCAGCUCUGCUCCUCGAUUUGAAGGCUGAAUUGGCAGCUUAUAUGGAAUCGAAAUUGACGGAGGAAGAGAGUGAUCCAGUCACUAAAGGCGAUGUCCCACCAGAAAACAAAACCCAUACGGAUAUACAAGCGGCCGUUGCCUCUGCAAAGAAAGAACUCGAAGAAGUAAAAGUCAACAUCGAGAAAGCAACCGCCGAAGUGAAUUGCUUGAAGGUGGCUGCCUCGUCUUUGCAGUCGGAGCUCGAGAAAGAAAAGUCAGCUCUUACCUCAAUCAAACAAAGAGAAGGAAUGGCCUCCAUAGCAGUUGCUUCUCUAGAAUCAGAGAUCGAGAGAACAAAGUCGGAAAUAGCUUUGGUUCAGUCGAAGGAGAAAGAAGUCAAGGAUAAAAUGGUAGAGCUACCAAAGCAACUGCAACAGGCAGCCCAAGCGGCUGAUGAAGCGAAAUCGCUGGCUGAACUUGCACGUGAGGAACUGCGCAAGGCGAAAGAAGAAGCAGAGCAAGCAAAGGCUGGAGCAAGUACGAUGGAGAGCAGAUUAUUCGCGGCACAAAAGGAGAUAGAGGCAGCUAAAGCUUCGGAGAGGCUGGCCAUGGCUGCCAUCAAAGCUUUGCAAGAAAGUGAAUCCACUUCAAACAUUAAUGAUGUUGAUUCGCCCAGAAGUGUAACACUUACAUUAGAGGAGUACUAUGAGCUUAGCAAACGUGCUCACGAGGCAGAAGAACAAGCCAAUGAAAGGGUGGCGGCAGCGGUUCGUCAGAUUGAGGAAGCUAAAAAAGCGGAAAUGAGAAGCCUGGAGGAACUGGAAGAGGUGAACAGAGAGAUGGCUGCAAGAAAGGAAGCACUUAAAGAAGCGAUGGAAAAGUCAGAGAAGGCGAAAGAGGGUAAGUUGGGUGUUGAGCAAGAACUGAGAAAGUGGAGGGCCGAACACGAACAGAGAAGAAAGGCCAGUGAAAGCGGAUUUAACACAGCGAAAACUCAAAGAGAAAGCAUUGACUCAGAGCAAGCAUCUGAGACAACAGUCCCUUAUGUCUCCAGCCCUAAUGAUUCAUAUGGGACAGGAGGAGACAGUCAUGAAGCUUCUUCACAAACCAAGACUGGAAAGAAAAAGAAGAAACUAUCUUUCCCGAGGUUUUUCAUGUUCUUGUCAAAGAAGAAGUCGGUUUCAAACAAGUGAGUUGAUUCUGAAUUUCAAAAAGGGGCAUUCUGAAGAAAAACCCGUAAAAGGAGAGAUCCCAUAUGAUGAAGUAUGUGUUGAUUUUGAAAGGCUGUUGAUUUCCUAUGUGCAUUGUGAUCUGAGUGCCUUUUGUAUUACAAGGGUGAUGAGGAAAUAAAACUGUCAACAUACCCAAGAAUAAUGGUUAUGAGAUGUAGAGUAAAUUUUUUUUUUACCUUUCUGUAAAUCCAACACAUGUUUUAGCUUGGUAAAUGAAGUUUAUAUUGUUUGCAACA